UGAUUAGUCACACCUAUAACUUAAUUAUCAUUCAAUAGAUAAUUUUUGGCACUAUGGCUAGUGAACCCGAAAAGAUUGCUCCCCCGACAGAAGCUCCGGUGGCGGAGCCAGAAAAAGCGGCUCCCCCACCGGCAACUCGGCCCACCGACUACUUUGCGGUGGCCGAUUUGGUGUUACGGUUUUUAGUGUUUGCUUCGGCACUUGUUUCUGUGGUAGUCAUGUCAACGAGUAAGCAAACUGAAAUGCUCCCAACACCUCGCCCUGCUACGUUCAAUCAAUCACCAGCACUCAUCUAUUUUGUAGUAGCACUCUCUGUGGCUGGUUUCUUCAGCAUAAUUACUACACUAGGCUCAUUGUACUCCAUCAUUAAGCCUGGUUGCUAUGCCAAGAUCAUUUCCCACUUCAUUGUCAUUGAUGUACUUUUGAUAGGAAUAGUGGCAUCAGCAACCGGAGCAGCAGCAUCGGUCACUUACAUAGGACUAAAAGGCAACACUCAUGUUGGGUGGGGAAAGGUUUGCACACUGUAUGGCAAGUUCUGCAGAUACCUUGGAGCCUCUAUAGGAGUCUCAUUGUUCGCGACCGUUAUGCUUGUGCUUCUUGUUCUCCUCUCUGUUUACUCCCUUUCUAAGAAAAUCCCCAAGUGACAAGACAGAUAUGGAAAAGUGAAUUCUUGAUGUAUAGCAGAACAGCCCUUGGUAAAUGUCAGUGUGUGAAAGUGUGUAAUUUAUAAGUUCUGUUCAAAUUUGGCCAUUUUCUUGUGCAGCUGGUGGAAGUAGACAAUGCACCAGUUCUUGUAUAUGAAUUCAUUCAUGUACUUGUAUUGAUGUUAAAUAGAAAGUUCCUGACUUGGAGUCUAUUGGUAAAA